AUGACGCCAGCAGGAGGUAGAAGGUCUAAGAUUAGACCUCCACGGAAAUCUUUAAUCAGUUCAUCGUAUUCUGAUUCAAGUAGCGCCGACGGAUCUGUUGAUUUUGAGAAAAACUGGGCAGUUUUACAAAAUGCCAUUUCGCAAAUACAAAACAAGAAUGUUUCAAACUUGUCAUAUGAACAACUUUACCGCAAGGCCUAUGUUUUGGUGAUACGAAAGUUUGGUGAAAAAUUAUAUGAUAAUGUGGCAAACUCUGUUACCGAGCAUUUAUUAGCUCAGAGAGCAAUGCUAUUAGCGAUGACAGACAACCCUGAAACAUUUAUUCAGUCGCUUAUACGCGAAUGGGAUGAGCAUCUACAGAGCAUGAAGUUUAUAGGGGAUGUGCUAAUGUACUUGAACCGGGUGUAUGUAAAAGAGCACAAGAGGCUCCUUAUUUAUGAUCUUGGUGUGCAGUUGUUCAAAGACAAUGUAAUAAUGUACAAUGACAAUGAGAUUGGCUCAAGAAUGAUGCUGAUCAUUCUAAAUGAGAUUUUGAAAAGUAGGGAUGGAGUAGCGGUCACUACGAAUAUGUAUAUAACAAAAUUGAUGCAUAUGAUGGAGCUGUUAGCUGAAACUAACGUUUCCUCAGAAGUGCACUAUGGUGAAAAUUACUACCAAACUAUAUUUGAGCCGGCAUUCUUGUCAAGUUCAGAGCAAUACUUUCAAAAUUUGGCAAAAUCUUUUGUAUUGUUAAAUCUGGGAUCCAAAUAUUUACAUGCUGCUUCGCAGUUUAUCAAGGAAGAAGAAAAUAGAAUGAAGCUAUAUCUACCCCAAAGUUCACAUCCAAAGGUAACAAAUCUUAUGAAUAAUAUCCUAAUCAAGGAUAAAAUAGAUCAAGUAAUCCUCUCUCCUACUGAAGGAAUGGAGUACUGGCUCAAUCCGUUAUUGUCAAAUGUCUUUCGCGACAACACCAGUAGUAAUGAAACUCACCACAUUGCGGACUUGAAAAUGUUAUACAAUUUAGUUGGAAGAAUUGAUGAGGAAUACCAGAUUUUGAGACUUCGACUAAAGGAAGCUCUUGUAUCACAGGGAAGUUCAAUUCCUGAAUGGGCGAGAAACUCGUUGGAAUCAGCAAGCUCACAAAAAAAGACUAGUGUAGCAAGCACAGUAUCAUUUGCAACAAAAUGGGUAGAACUGAUUUUGAAGUAUAAGAAGCAGAUGAUGGAUAUGUGGAAUCAGUCUUUUGACCUGGACUUGACAAUUGAACUGACGUUAGCAUAUUCUUUGAGGGAUAUCAUCAACAACAACAACAACAACAGCAGCAGCAGCAAUAACAACUACAAUAAGAGGACAGGUUCCAGUAAUUCCAGUAUAAAUGCUCCAGAAUUAUUGUCUAUCUACAUGGAUUACAACAUCAAGCAAAUAGGUAAAGGAUCAAUUAGUAGUGAACUAAAUACACAACCAGGUGAUGAAGUUGAGAACUUGAUCACCAACUCUAUACAACUUCUUAGGUUCAUCAAGGAUAAAGAUGCCUUUGAAGCAUACUAUGCCAAUCACUUUGCCAAGAGAUUUUUAAAUUCCAAAAACUCCGGAUCUGGAAGCACUUUCAAAGGAAUGGACAUUGAAGAACAGGUAUUAUCAAAAUUGUGUGAGGAAAUGGGAAACACUUCGCUAGACAAGGUUAUCAAAAUGAGCAAAGACAUCAAAAUCUCAAUAGACACGACCAAAGAAUGGAAGAAGCAUUUGACAAAACCUGACAUGAGUAAGUCCAAUUUAGUAGAAUUGGAUUUAAAAAUCUGCAAUGUUGCACUGUGGCCCAAUUCAUUGACUAAGGACUACAAGAAUUUUGUUCCCAGAGAAGAUGGCGCAUCCUUUGUAUGGCCCAGACAGUUGCGAGAAACUAUCUUGGAGUUUGAAGAGUUUUGGUUAGCGGGGAAGAACAACGACAACAAAUCAUUGUAUUGGUCCCCAAAGUAUGGUUCGGUUGAUAUGAGGAUUUCUUACCCUUCCAGAACCUAUGAUAUCAAUAUGUCUGUAUUUGCGGCGAUAAUCAUGCUUUUGUUUGCACCUAGUCUGUCUUUGGAUGGUGAGGAAACGCCGCUGCCCUUUUCUGAAAAUAGGCAAUACUCAUAUACAGAAAUUUUUGAAUUGACAGGUAUACCCGAGCAAGAAUUGAAACGACAUUUGCAAUCGAUAGCAGUGGCUCCCAAACUGAGAUUAUUAGUCAAAGUCCCCAUGUCGAAAGAUAUAAAUGAGAACGAUGUUUUCAAGUUGAAUGACAAGUUUAAAGCACCCACUACCAAGGUCAAGGUUUUAACUGUAUCUAUGUCGUCAUCUGUAUCCAGUACCAAGACCAAAAAGACCAAUGCGGAAGCAGAGUUGGAUGAAGUGAAUGCGCACAUAUUAGAAGCAAGAAAAAUCGAACUCAAUGCUGCAAUUGUUCGGAUUUUGAAAUCAAGGCGGUCAGUAAAACACAAUGAGCUAGUGGAAGGUUUGAUGUCAACCGAAGACAUUUUAGACGUGCUAAACAUUCAACGAGAUGAACAUAAUCCCGUUAAAAAGAGACAAAAAUUGUCGUCUCCUGCAGUAGAUAGUUCCCAGAAACCAUUAACUGGUAUGGCAAGGGAACUAUACAAUUUAGUAGGACCAAACACGCCACCACUUAACUUGGCUCCAGUGCAAAAUACAAAAGAAAGAAAGAGUUUUAGGCCAAGUCCAUGGACAAGACUUGCUUUUGAGCCUACUAAAAAAGGCGGAAUACAGCUAUAUCAUUGGGUAAAAGGUUCAGAGAAUUUACUUAACCUGGAAGAAGAAAUUCUCAAGUCAUAUUAUUUCGAAAAAUUUAACGUUGAAGUUGAUAUACCUCGCUUUGUUGAUGAAACAGCCUACGAUGAUAUAAUGAAACUGUUAGAGCCAAACAACACUACGAGCAGCACGAAUAGUAGUAGUAAUAGUAGAAGUAGUGGUAGUAGUAGUAGUAGCAACAACAACAACAACAACAACAACAACAACAAUAAUACUGGCCCCAUUGACACAAGUGACCAUGUCACAAGCAGCAAUGAGACGGUAGCACAAACGCAAUCCAAAGAUUCUGGCGAAUCAUCACCGCCAAAUGAGAACAAGCCAGAUCAACCCAACAGUAAACUACCAAAAGAAGCAAGAAAAUGGACAUAUGAGGAAACAAAAACACUCUUUGAUCUAUGUCGAACGUUUGAACUUAAAUGGCCAGUGAUACAUGACCGUUUUCCCUCCAGCGAACGUACAACUGAGGAUCUCAAGGACCAUUUUUACAAGGUUUGUGCAAAGAUUUUGGAGACACAAGACUCUAGCAAUCCUACUCUUAUAGAAUCGUUAAAGGCCUACUCAAAAGAAAAAGAAGUGGAACGAAAACAAUACCUUGAGAAUCUUUUACUUCGAACACCAGCAGAAAUUGCCGAAGAAGAGUCGCUCGUGAUUGAGGCUAGGAGGUUUGAGCUUGCAGCAAAGAAGAUGUUAAUGGAAAGAUCUAAUUUGCUUGCUUUAUUGGAUUCACCACAAUCGACACAUAAUGUUGCACAAUAUCAAUCUUCUCAAGGCAUUACCAACCUCUACAAUAACCUAAUGCUUUAUGACAAACAUCAGAAAAAGAAACAGCAAUUGCAAAAGAAUACUGCGCAGGAGCCAGUUCCUCCCGUUAUUCCACUUGCUGCAUCAUCGUCAUUUAAAAGAGACAAGACAUUCCAAACACAGUUACAACAGUACUUGUCAAGCUUAUUGAAACAGAAUUACCAUACAAGCUCAGCAGUGAAACAUGAAGCCAAUGCAAUUCACGAACUUUUGUUGAAAAAGCUUACUCAGAAAGAAGAAGAAGCGUACGGUUUAUACUACCACGGCGUAGGGAAGCUUGUCCCAGGAGUAUCGUUGCGAUCACAGCAGAAAAUGUCCGGAUUGCAGCAAAAACAGUCGGUACUAAAACUGGUGAGUGCACUAUUACAGGAGUUGGAUAUACCGACAGCAGGUGGUAUCGCGAUGAAACCAAUCAUGCCUACCAGAAAGACUAUAGCAAAGUACGACGAAUUAUUAAGAGCUGUUGUUACUUUAUUGGAAGUGAAAAAGGCUAAAGAUAAACUUGAAUCAGAAAUCGCUUUGAUCAAAAGUCAACGUGAAUUACAGUAA